UCAUCCAACUUCACCACCACCAACACCUCAAAAUCCUCUGCCACACUCCUUCAGCACCUCUCCUCUCCUCUCCUCUCCUCGACAAAUGGCGAUCAAGAAAUCAAGCAAACUCUCUCAAGCGGCAACGCUCAAGCAGAUCCUCAAACGCUGCUCGAGCCUGGGCAAGAAGCAGCACGGCUACGACCACGACCACGACGGCCUCCUCCCCGUCGACGUCCCCAAGGGCCACUUCGCCGUCUACGUCGGCCAGAACCGCAGCCGCUACAUCGUCCCGAUCUCCUUCCUCUCCCACCCGGAGUUCCAAUGCCUGCUCCAAAUGGCCGAGGAGGAGUUCGGAUUCGACCACGAAAUGGGGCUCACUCUCCCCUGCGAAGAGGUCUUCUUCCGAUCGCUCACUUCCAUGAUUCGAUGAAACUCAAUGCUAGGGUUUUUUUUCAAUUUUUAAUUUUUGAUUUUCAUCCGAUCCCGCGCCUUGGUGAAAUUGUAGUAUACCGCGGAUUUUUGGAGAGAGAUGGUCAAGAUGGAGGAAUUGAGCUGCAGAUUGCUGAAUUCUCUCCUCUUUUUUCAACAUCUUUCUUCGCAUUUUUAGCUCUCUUUUUUUGGAGAUAUCUCUGAUCUUAGCCCUGAAUUUUGGGGUGGUUGUUUAUGAAGGUCGGAUUUGUAGAUAAGGUGUUUGUGAUUUUUCCUCACAGAGGUGUUUGCUUUUACACCCUGCGAGUGAAUUUAACGGUAAUUCGAUUA